AUUUCCGGUAAACGUCGUGAGUGAUAUUAUGGGAUAUAUAGUUAAAUUGCAAAAUGGCGACGCAAGCCACAACAAGGGAAGAAAUUGAAGAACAAGUACGAAAUUUACAAAAUAAAACAAAAAAUUUGACAGCUGCCAAUCAACCCCCAGCAGAAGAUGAUGAAGAAUCCAGAUUGGGUUUAGGAGAGCUUGCACAAGAUGAUUACAUCUAUACGACAGACAAACACAAAUUUGCUGGAUAUGAUUUAUCAAUUGCAGCUAAUGAGGAACCUGAUGAAGAUAUUGAAGAUGCAGUUGUUCCAGGGAAGUCGAGAUCAACAUAUACAGCCCCUCUCAACUUGCUUAACGACACACUGAAUGACAAAGACUAUGAUCCUUUGGCAGAUAGACGCCCACAAAGAGUUUCAGACAAAGGAGGCAACUAUCGACCCCACCUUCAGUCUCGAAUCAUCUCCCCAGAGCGAUAUGACCCUUUUGCAAACGGAGGAGAAACCCCAGACGUUAAUGCCUACACCUACGCCAAAGUUAGAGCCUCACAACUUUUAGACAAUGAAAAGAAACGGCUUCACCAGCAGAUGGUGGAGAAGGCUAAGUCAGGUGAGCUGCGAGUACAGAAUGGAUCCAGUGGUGACAGUGGAGCCAAAGUACAGCAGGCAGCGCCACAGGAAAAGAAGAAACGGCGAUGGGAUCAAGCUUCAGAUGAUACACCAGCCAAGAAAUCCAAGAGUACAUGGGACAAGGAGGAGGCAACAACCCCAUCAAACAGUCGCUGGGAUGAGACCCCAGGCCGUGCCAAGGGGGCAGACACGCCUGGUGCCACUCCAGGACAGAGUACAAGAAUGUGGGAUGCUACACCUGGACAUGCUACUCCUGGUGCUGUUACCCCAGGGCGGGGAGACAGUACCCCAGGGCACCAGGCAACACCCAGCUCACGGAAAAACAGAUGGGACGAAACUCCUCGCACAGAAAGGGAAACACCGGGACAUGGGAGUGGUUGGGCUGAGACCCCCAAAACUGACAGAGGUGGGGAUCUGAUACAGGAUACCCCGACACCAGGGGCUAGCAAAAGAAGGUCACGUUGGGACGAGACCCCUGGGGCUACACCCGCUGGUAACAUGACACCAGGGAACAUGACCCCAAGUAUGACACCUGCAGGACAUACGCCAGGGGGCUCAACUCCAGUUGCCUUCACUCCUGGGGGAGGGACGCCUGGAGGAUCAACACCAAGUGGUUUCACUCCCACAGGGAAGACACCCACAGGACAGAAGGCAAUGGCAAUGGCCACCCCUACACCGGGGCAUCUGAUGUCCAUGACACCGGAACAGCUUCAGGCCUACACCUGGCAGAAAGAGAUAGAUGAGAGGAACAGGCCUUUGUCUGAUGAUGAACUGGACACCAUGUUCCCAACAGGUUACAAGGUGUUACAACCACCUGCGGGUUACAUCCCGAUCAGGACCCCUGCACGGAAACUGAUUGCCACACCAACUCCCAUGGCGGGAACCCCACAGGGAUUCAGAAUGCAGACCCCAGAUAGUAAGGGUGUCCAGGUGGUGGAUAUGCAGCCAAAGGGAAACCUCCCAAUGAUGAAACCUGAUGACAUGCAGUAUUUCGACAAAUUACUGGUUGAAGUUGAUGAGGAAACACUCUCUCCAGAAGAACAGAAAGAAAGGAAAAUUAUGAAGCUCCUUUUGAAAAUUAAGAAUGGUACUCCUCCAAUGAGAAAGGCUGCCUUGAGACAAGUCACUGACAAGGCUCGCGAGUUUGGGGCAGGACCCCUGUUCAAUCAGAUCUUACCUCUCCUGAUGUCGCCCACACUAGAGGAUCAGGAGCGACAUUUGUUGGUCAAGGUCAUUGACCGCAUCUUGUACAAACUGGAUGAUUUGGUACGGCCGUAUGUCCACAAAAUCCUGGUCGUCAUUGAACCCCUACUCAUUGAUGAGGAUUACUAUGCUCGAGUGGAAGGCAGAGAAAUCAUUUCUAACUUAGCCAAGGCGGCAGGUCUUGCAACCAUGAUCUCAACCAUGAGACCAGAUAUAGACAACAUGGACGAGUAUGUGCGUAACACAACAGCGCGAGCCUUCGCCGUGGUUGCCUCUGCCCUGGGCAUCCCCUCCCUACUCCCCUUCCUUAAAGCUGUGUGUAAGAGCAAGAAGAGCUGGCAGGCUAGGCAUACAGGCAUCAAGAUUGUACAGCAGAUCGCAAUCCUUAUGGGUUGUGCCAUUCUGCCCCAUCUCAAAAACUUGGUGGAAAUCAUUGAACAUGGUCUGGUUGAUGAACAACAAAAGGUACGAACUAUCACAGCCUUGGCGCUAGCUGCUUUGGCCGAAGCAGCCACUCCCUAUGGCAUUGAGUCCUUUGACAGUGUCCUCAAACCCCUCUGGAAGGGUAUCCGACAACACAGAGGAAAGGGUCUGGCAGCUUUCCUCAAGGCCAUUGGUUAUCUGAUUCCCCUAAUGGACGCAGAGUAUGCCAACUACUACACCCGUGAAGUGAUGUUGAUCUUGAUCCGAGAAUUCCAGUCACCCGAUGAGGAAAUGAAGAAAAUCGUGUUGAAGGUGGUGAAACAGUGUUGUGCCACAGAUGGUGUGGAACCCCAGUAUAUCAAGGAGGAGAUCCUGCCCCCAUUCUUCAAACACUUCUGGAAUCAGAGGAUGGCACUUGACAGACGAAACUACAGACAACUGGUAGAUACAACAGUUGAAAUAGCCAACAAGGUUGGAGCCGCCGAGAUCAUCGGGCGUGUGGUGGAUGACUUGAAAGACGAGGCAGAACAGUAUCGUAAGAUGGUGAUGGAGACCAUAGAGAAGAUCAUGGGAAAUCUUGGAGCAGCUGACAUCGACUCACGGUUGGAAGAGCAGCUUAUUGAUGGAAUUCUGUAUGCCUUCCAGGAACAGACCACUGAGGACGUAGUAAUGCUGAAUGGCUUCGGUACAGUGGUGAACUCCCUUGGCAAGCGUGUGAAACCCUACCUUCCUCAGAUCUGUGGUACAAUCUUGUGGCGUCUCAACAAUAAGUCAGCAAAGGUGCGACAACAGGCUGCUGACCUCAUCUCACGCAUAGCCAUCGUAAUGAAAACGUGUCAAGAGGAGCGAUUGAUGGGCCAUCUUGGAGUUGUGUUAUAUGAGUAUCUGGGAGAAGAAUACCCUGAGGUGUUGGGUAGUAUCCUGGGAGCUCUGAAGGGAAUUGUCAACGUCAUCGGAAUGACCAAGAUGACCCCUCCUAUCAAGGAUCUGCUACCCCGAUUAACACCAAUCCUCAAAAACAGACACGAAAAAGUGCAGGAGAACUGUAUAGACUUAGUUGGUCGUAUUGCCGACCGUGGGGCAGAGUAUGUGUCAGCCCGUGAGUGGAUGAGGAUAUGCUUUGAACUCCUGGAGUUACUGAAGGCUCACAAGAAAGCCAUCAGAAGAGCAACUGUCAACACAUUUGGUUACAUUGCAAAAGCCAUUGGUCCCCAUGAUGUGCUGGCUACUCUGUUGAACAACCUCAAAGUACAGGAGCGUCAGAACCGUGUGUGUACGACGGUUGCCAUUGCCAUAGUGGCCGAGACUUGUUCUCCCUUCACAGUGCUACCAGCCCUGAUGAAUGAGUACAGAGUCCCAGAAUUAAACGUACAGAACGGUGUCCUCAAAUCUUUGUCCUUCAUGUUUGAGUACAUUGGAGAGAUGGGCAAGGAUUACAUAUACUCUAUAGCUCCCCUACUGGAGGAUGCCAUGAUGGAUCGAGAUCUGGUGCACAGACAAACAUCAAUGGCCGCUAUACAACACAUGGCUCUGGGGGUGUACGGCUUUGGCUGCGAGGAUGCUCUCACACACUUACUCAAUUACGCAUGGCCCAACAUCUUUGAAACAUCUCCUCACGUUGUCCAAGCUUUUAUGGGGACUAUCGAGGGAAUGAGAGUGGGUCUGGGUCCAUCAAAAGUUUUACAAUACACAAUGCAGGGACUGUUCCAUCCUGCAAGAAAAGUCCGCGACGUGUACUGGAAAGUGUAUAACACUGUGUAUAUUGGUGCUCAGGACGGUAUGAUCCCUGCCUACCCACGUGUCCCCAAUGACGCCAAGAACCAUUAUAUCAGAUAUGAACUUGACUACAUUCUCUGAUCAUAGCACUAAUCAUGUAAAAUUCAUUAUAUUUCAUCAGGCAAUUGAAAGACACACCCAUUCGUGAGUUAAUAUAGAACAGUCAAUGUGACAGUUUCUGGUGUCGUACUGAUACACUAUGAGCUCUCUCAGUGGGACUGUAUUCACUAGUCUUUAUCAACUGCGUCUUAUGUACAAAAAUACGGAUCAAAUUUUUCAGGAUUUCUGCAUUAAAUUCAUUCAUUUGUAUUUGAAGUACAGUUUAAUACUGUCGCCUGCAAGACAGAAGACAUCUGAAAAAUAUUGCAGGAAUAUAUUGUACAAACAAAUUAAGACUACACUUGCAGUAAGCCGGUUGUCAUCUGCAGAAUGAAAAAUUUACAGAACAAUAAUGUAGCUUAAAUCUGCAAUUGCAGUUUAGCAGGUUGUCAUCUGCAAAACAGAAAAGUUUACAAAACAUGCUUUUGUUAAAAUGCCAUAACUACUGGUUUAUAUAAUCUUUGUUAAAGUUCACAAAUUUCACUCUCUUGAUAUUGAAUACAAGUAAGGUUCAGAGAUCCUUUUGGAAGUUUAAGUUCAUGCUGCAACAUGGCAGAAAGGACGAAACAUCAUUGGAACUCUCAUAAAAAGGUGAUGUCUUUUAGAAGCCUUGGAGCAGCAGUACAGUCAUACAUGAGACACAACGUGGUGAAGAGUGAGCUGUACAUAGGUGUGACAGUUUAAGAUUCUUGUGCUUGUACAUAGAAGUGAAGAUUGUGGUGUCCUGUGUUUUGGAACUGCUUGAUGUUGUGAGAUAGCGAUCAGCACUACAUAACUUUUAAUCAAAUAUCCAUAUUAAAGCAAACACUCACCAUCUGCAAGAGACUAUUUUUCUACACAUUUAAGCAAAACCAUUUGUAUGGCCCUCAAAUUUGCUAAUCUGAGCACUUGAUUCACUGUAUUUUUUCAUCAGAUGAAAGCAAUAUCUGUGAAAUGAAUUCCAGAAAUAAAAAAUGUGAAUUCAGGAUUUUUUUGUUUUUUAGAAAAGAAUUAGACAGUUAUUUUCUCCUUGUGAAACGUGAGUCUAUGAUGAUAGGUACCUUGUAAUGUAAGAUACAUGUGUUACAUGUGGACGUUGCUGUUAGCGUGUGGAUAUUGUUUAUAAUCAUGAUUCAAUAAAAGCAAUGCACAGGAAUUAA